AUGGAGCGCUUCUUGGGCUUCGUCAAGCAGAUAAGGAGGUCGAGAAGAAGAAAAGGCAAAAAGUACCGGCCAGAGGAGGAUUACCACGAGGGUUACGAGGAUGUCUAUUAUUAUGCCUCAGAGCAUUUUCGAAAUGAAAGUCCUUACACAAAGUCUGCAAACCAGGCAAAGCCACCUGAUGGAGCAUUGUCUGUGAGGAGACAGAGUAUUCCAGAGGAAUUCAAGGGCUCAACAAUAGUUGAAUUAAUGAAAAAAGAAGGCACUACCCUAGGGCUUACAGUAUCGGGUGGAAUCGACAAGGAUGGGAAACCAAGAGUAUCUAACCUUCGUCAAGGAGGAAUCGCUGCUAGGAGUGACCAGCUGGAUGUUGGUGACUAUAUCAAAUCUGUGAAUGGAAUCAACCUGACCAAAUUUCGCCAUGAUGAAAUCAUCAGCCUGCUCAAGAAUGUUGGCGAGAGGGUUGUUUUAGAAGUGGAGUACGAGCUCCCUCCAGUCUCUAUACAAGGAUCGGGUGUCAUCUUUAGAACUGUGGAAGUUACUUUACAUAAAGAGGGGAACACUUUUGGGUUUGUAAUAAGAGGUGGAGCACACGAUGACAGAAAUAAAUCUCGUCCUGUUGUAAUAACAUGUGUUAGACCUGGAGGGCCUGCUGACAGAGAGGGCACAAUCAAACCCGGGGACAGGCUGCUGAGUGUUGAUGGGAUCCGACUGCUUGGAACAACACACGCUGAAGCUAUGAGUAUUCUCAAACAAUGCGGACAAGAGGCGACUCUGCUGGUUGAAUACGAUGUCUCAGUAAUGGAGUCAGUAGCGACGGCGUCUGGGCCACUACUUGUUGAAGUUGCCAAAACUCCUGGUGCUGCUCUUGGGGUUGCACUGUCUACUUCGAUGUGCUGCAACAAACAGGUCAUUGUCAUAGACAAAAUCAAAUCUGCGAGUAUUGCAGACAGAUGUGGAGCAUUACAUGUAGGAGACCAUAUUCUGUCCAUUGAUGGCACCAGCAUGGAGUAUUGUACGCUGGCAGAAGCAACGCAGUUUCUUGCUAACGCAGCAGAUAAUGUCAAGCUUGAGAUCCUCCCUCACCACCAGACACGGCUAGCACUGAAAGGCCCAGAGCACGUGAAGGUUCAAAGAAGCAACAGGCAACUUACCUGGGAUUCGUGUGCCAACAGCCACAGCAACCUCCUCACCUACCACCAUUAUAACACGUACCACCCUGACCAUUGCAGGAUGCCAGCCUUGAAAUUCCAGAAAACGUCUCCUCAAAAAAGCCUUCCAGCUUUGGUGUCUUCAUCCUUCUCUCCUACCUCCAUGAGUGCAUACAGCCUGAGUUCCCUGAACAUGGGGACCUUACCUCGCAGCCUCUACUCCACCAGCCCGCGUGGGACAAUGAUGAGGCGGAGGAUGAAAAAGAAGGACUUCAAAAGCUCCUUGUCUUUAGCCUCUAGCACUGUUGGUUUGGCUGGGCAGGUCGUCCACACAGAGACCACGGAAGUAGUGCUGACAGCUGACCCCAUAGUAGGGUUUGGGAUACAGCUCCAGGGUAGCGUGUUUGCUACCGAGACCUUGUCUUCUCCACCUCUCAUUUCCUAUAUUGAGUCUGACAGUCCGGCGGAAAGGUGUGGGGUCCUGCAAAUAGGAGACAGAAUAGUGGCAAUAAAUGGUAUCCCAACAGAAGACAGCACAUUUGAUGAGGCCAAUCAACUGCUCAGAGACUCCUCUAUCACCAACAAGGUCACCUUGGAAAUAGAAUUUGAUGUUGCAGAAUCUGUUAUACCAAGCAGUGGAACAUUUCAUGUAAAACUACCAAAGAAGCAUAAUGUGGAACUUGGCAUCACGAUAAGUUCUCCAUCCAGUAGAAAACCGGGGGACCCUCUGGUUAUUUCUGAUAUCAAGAAAGGAAGUGUUGCUCACAGAACUGGGACACUGGAACUGGGUGACAAGUUGCUUGCAAUAGAUAACAUUCGACUUGACAAUUGCUCGAUGGAGGACGCUGUUCAGAUCCUUCAGCACUGUGAGGACCUUGUAAAGUUAAAGAUCCGCAAAGAUGAAGAUAAUUCUGAUGAACAGGAGAGCUCUGGAGCAAUUAUUUAUACUGUUGAGCUCAAGCGCUAUGGUGGGCCUCUUGGAAUUACAAUCUCUGGUACUGAAGAGCCCUUUGAUCCCAUAAUUAUUUCCAGCCUUACAAAAGGAGGAUUAGCCGAAAGAACUGGAGCAAUUCACAUAGGAGACAGAAUCCUAGCAAUAAAUAGUAGCAGCCUGAAAGGAAAACCUUUGAGUGAAGCCAUUCAUUUAUUACAGAUGGCAGGAGAAACUGUCACUCUGAAAAUCAAGAAGCAGACAGAUGGUGAGUAUGCUACCAGUCCCAAGAAAUUUUCUGUCCCUGUGGGUCACAUAAAUGAACUGAGCGAUGCUGAAGAUGAAACCUCUACCGCACAGAAAUCUGGCAAACUCUCAGACAUCUAUUCUACUACAGUCCCAAGUGUUGACAGCGCAGUAGAGUCGUGGGAUGGCUCUGGUAUUGAUACCAGCUUUGGAAGUCAAGGACCCAGCUAUCAGGCUUCAGGAUACAACUUCAAUGCCUAUGAAUGGAGGAGUCCUAAACAGAGGGGCAGCUUGUCCCCUCCAAGCAGACCACGAAACCACCCAUUCCAUGACCCAGUGCUGAGUGAUGAGGAAUGGGACCAACCUACAGCAAGCAGCUUCGCAGGUACCCAUGAUAACACCGAGGCUGACCAGGAGGAAAACUUCUGGUCUCAGGCUCUGGAGGAUUUAGAGACCUGUGGCCAGUCAGGAAUUCUGAGGGAACUAGAGGACAAGGCUGACAGGCGUCUGUGUUUGAGAAACAUGACUCUCUUGGCCACAAUUAUGUCAGGAAGUACAAUGAGUUUGAAUCAUGAAAACCCACAACCUCGUAGCCAGCUGGGAAGACAAGCCAGCUUCCAGGAAAGAAGCACUGUAAGGCCACAUUACAGUCAAACUACUCGUAGCAACACGUUGCCAUCAGAUGUGGGGAGAAAGUCCAUGGUUAUGAGAAAAUUUAAGCAAGAAAUGAAAGAAAUCAUGUCACCAACUCCUGUGGAGUUACACAAGGUAACAUUGUACAAGGACACUGAUGGAGAAGACUUUGGGUUUAGUGUCUCAGAUGGCUUAUUGGAAAAAGGAGUGUACGUUAAAAACAUUCGACCAGCUGGCCCUGGCGAUCUGGGUGGUUUGAAACCAUACGACAGACUGCUACAGGUAAACCACGUUCGCACCAGAGACUUUGACUGCUGUCUGGUUGUGCCCCUCAUCGCAGAAUCUGGCAAUAAGCUGGAAUUGGUUAUUAGCAGAAACCCACUGGCAUGUCAGAAAGGAAGUGCAGACCGGCAGCCUUCAGCAGGGGGGGAGUGGAGUGAUCAGAACAAUGCCUUCCUCCAACAGACUGGACAUGCUAAUGUUAAUACAGAGACACGGGAUCCUACAAAUACAUUAUAG